UGCUGUGAAAACGACAGAGAGCGACAGAGAUGAUCUGAGUUUUCUUUGGGCAGCAUCAGAAUAAUCGAUCAUGAGCAGCAUCUGCUGUGUUCAAAACUAAUAUUCGGUGUUGUUCAGCUCCACUUGGCUGCUUGAAAUGUUCUCAGGAAUUUGGAAACAAGAUGGUCGCAUUUGGAAAAGAUUUCACCAGCCUAACAAACCUGUGAUCCUUCGAGUUCAAAGUAGCUACAGUUUCAAGGCUCCGGGUGGAAGCACCAUCUUUUUGAAUGAAGGGGAUAUCCUCUUCCUUCUAAGUAAGUUUGACAAAGAUUGGUGGCAGGUCAAGAAGAUAGGGGACAGCGAGUACACCAAACCUUUCCAUGCACCUACGUCAUAUAUCACAGAACUAAUCUCUGGCAAGUGUGGUGCACACAGGCAAAGAGACAAAGAUGAGAAAGGCAUCAAAAUGUACUUCAGAUCUCAGGAAAAUCUGUUAGCUGCAAGCCCUGUUCCACCAAUAACCAAUCAGUCCUGCCAUAACUUAUACUUCGAUGCCUCUCCACAAAAGGAACCUGAAAUGAAGACCGUAGCCCGCCAGUACAGGAAAUCUGCCAGCUUCUCUCUGAGCUCAUCCUGGCACGGACAGUUUCCAAAAUAUGAAAAGGAAAUGCCAGUAUUUCAUAAGUGUGUGUCAGAAAAGGUGAGUUUGGCAGACACAAUGCAAGAUAUUCCAGUUUAUAGUAAUUUAGAGGAAAUGAAGAAAGAUAAAGGAAACCCCCCUUGUCCUACGUGUUCUCCUGUCCAGAUUAUUGACAACUGGGAACGUCACAUGGAUCCCAUCACGGGCAGGAACUUCUUUAUCAACACAGACACAAAGGAGAAAACAUGGAAACCUCCCCGGCGAACCAGGGACAGGACUCCUGGACGGUCAACUCCUCCAUCGAGAGACUUGGAAUCAGAAUAUGAAAAUUACCCAAUCCAGCAGCAAGAGCAGAUCAGCUCAUCUGAUGAGCCAGAUGGUUUGUGCUUGAGCAGUGCCUCUUCCAGUGGGAGCUUAUUUAGCCAGAGCAAUGAUUUCCCUCCACUGGAUUCCCCUGUCCAGAAACUUACCUAUACCAAGUCUAUGAUCCUUUCCAAUUCACGUGUACGAAAGGCAAACCACAGGAGGAACCUCUCACUAAAUCAGUUUGAAAGCUUUUCUGAUACAAGCACAACAGCUGAACUAAAUAGACUACCCUUGGUCACAGUCCUGGAUGUCCCCCAUGAGGUGGAAAAAGCAGGUCAAUUAAACAAGACAAAGAUUGCAGAAGGUGGAAGAAAGCUAAAGAAGAACUGGAUUUCAUCUUUGGUUGUUCUAACUGGAAACAGUCUGGUAUUCUACAAGGAUCCAAAAGUGCAGGCACCUUCAGGCUGGAAACCCUCCAAUAGUAAGCCUGAGAGCAGUGUGGAUCUCAGAGGUGCCAGUAUUGACUGGGCUCAGGAAAUGUCAAGCAAGAAGAAUGUCAUUCAUCUCCGCAUGGUGACAGGGAAUGAGUUCCUUCUGCAAUCUGACAAGGACCUAGUUAUUCAGGAGUGGUAUGAUGCUCUGCAGAGGGUCAUCGAAAGGCUGGAUCGAGAAAACCCACUUGACAACAUUAUUUUAAGAAGAUCAGGCAGCGUGGAGAUCCUGGAUGAGAUUAGUGGAGAAGAUGACAUCUCACAGAAGGUUAAAGACAGUCGCAAGUUUUCAUUGUCUUGGGUGAAUUCUAGUAUAGGAGGUGUAGACAAGAAAAGAGUCAGUGGCCGGCUGAAGAAGUUUUUAGUAAGGCGACCUCCUCUGCAGACUCUCCACGAGAAAGGUCUUAUUAAAGACCAGGUGUUUGGAUGUCGAUUGGAUGCUCUUUGCCAUCGGGAAAGCCGUACAGUCCCAAAGUUUGUGCGGCUUUGCAUUGAGGCUGUUGAAAAACGAGGUCUGGAUGCUGAUGGGAUUUAUAGGGUGAAUGGAAACUUGGCUAUCAUACAGAAACUGCGGUUCAUUGUAGAUCGAGAAAGGGCAGUAACCACGGAUGGACGUUACCUUUUCCCGGAACAGCUGUCCCAAGAGGAGAAAUUGGACUUAAGCAGUAGUGAAUGGGAAGAUAUUCAUGUCAUCACAGGUGCUCUGAAAAUGUUCCUCCGUGAACUCCCUGAACCAGUCAUCCCGUACAACAUGUUUGAGCAGUUUGUUACAGCCGUCCAAAUCUCUGAUGUCACAGAGAGAAUCCAUUCCAUAAAAAUGUUGGUUGGAAAUCUCCCUUUACCUAACUAUGAUACUCUGAAGUACAUAAUAUGUCAUUUAAAGAGGGUAAUGGAACACUCAGAGCAAAAUCGUAUGACCACUCAGAACAUUGGCAUUGUCUUUGGUCCAACACUGAUGCGACCAGAAAAAGAACUGCUUGCUAACAUUGCAGCAAAUAUGGUUUAUCAGAACCAAGUUGUGGAAAACCUCCUCACCAACUACCAGGACUUUUUUUCAUCUUGCCCAGGGGAGUGAAUCAAGAAUUUCCUAUACUAUUUUAUGUUUCUAAACCUUCAGAUCAUUAAAGGAAGAGUAUCUAAGAAGAUUGUUUUGGUGAUGGGGAGAGGAUAAAGACCAUCUAAUGAAUUUGAUAUCUUAGAAAAUAAGUCUGUAAGAUAUUCAACCAAGACAUUCAGAUCAUUGUGAGUUUACAUUUAUUAGAAGUGGCUUGUUUUUGUUGAACACCUAUUAUAAAGACAAUCACUUCUGAAGUGCAUUGGACUUGGAUCUGCUUGGGAUUGUUCUGUCAAAAGAGAACUUUGUUCCAAAGAAGCUCAUUGUUAAAUAGACAAUGACGUUCAGCGCGUCAAUCGUAAAGAGAUUCAACAUUUCAUUUGCACAUGUGACUGCACCAUUUUAACCUCCACAUGUGUAAAACCUGCAUGACUUUUUAUACUUUGCUUGAAUAAGACUCAUUCAACAAUUGUUUUUUUUAUUUUUUUAUUAUUCAUUUAGAUUGUUUAUUUAAAUAUGUCAAACCAACUUUUACGGUGUUUUUUUUUAUUUUAACAUUAUUUUGGAAAUGCAGAAAUGUUAAAAGAAAGUGCUUGGUAUAUAAAAUGGUUGGGCUACCUGUCAUGUAGUUUACUGAUUAUAUACUCUUGUGAUACAACACUUUAUUUUGGUGUGAGCAAAAAUGCAAAAAUGCAUAAGAUAUGGGUAAAUGUAAACAUCUUAAUGAUAAAUGACAGAAGGGGGAAAGGAAUUGCUAUGGGCUUGGAACUAGAAUGUGUAUCAGGUCCUUCUCAUGAUCAUAACGUUUCCAAAUUAUAUUAGUGUGGAAAAUAUGGUCAAUAUCACAAUUGAGAUAAGGUCACCAAAUAGUUACUACUCUACCACAAUGAUGUAUAACUCAUGAAUGAUCAAAAUCAAAAUGCACAAAAGUACAGAGAAGUAGCUAUUGCAAAGAAUAAAAGGAUGUCUUAUACUUC